ACUUGCUCUUUCUUAUUGUUCGAUUUUCGAUCUCAACUGUAUGUAAAGAAUUUAACCUGAUUUGCGUUAUUGAAUCUUUUCAUUUAUUGUAUACUUCAAACAACAUCAAAUUAAUCAUGACUGCCAAAUUUAAUCUACUUGUCACACCGACGCAAGAGCGCAGACCUGUCCGACACGAUGUCAAUGAAGACAAAAAGUCUGAGAAACUUAGAACGAUGUACUUGUACACUAUGAUGUUUCUCUCGAUAGCUUCUCCCAUUCUUCAUGAAUCUUCCCUCAUUGCUUGGCUUAUCAAUAUUCUUUGCACUGUCGCUCUCAUGGUAGCUGUCGUUCGGUCACAUCCUGAAGAAAUUAAAAAGUUUGGCCCUGUGGUAUUGCCGACAGCCAGCUUAUUCUUGGUAAUGAUAGUGUUCACAAGUCGUGUAUCGCUACUAGAAAUUAUGCCUUGGAUACCAUUUGCCUUUUCCAUGUGGCUUUUGAUCACCGUUUACUCUUGCCCAGCGACGGUAUCACUGGUUCAAGAAGUCCUCAGAGGAGCCAGGCUGGAUUCACCAAAACAUGGCCAUUAUAUCCAAAACUUUAUCUGGGAUGUCGAGGAAGGCCAGGACCAAGCCCCAAGCUUUGGUUUUAAUCAAAAGGAGCCCCUGAAACGUGUAUCGCAGUCUACUAUGGAUCACGAGGUUGCAUUCAUGGGUCGUCCUACUUCAAUCAUAAGCACAACUCCCAGUGAUAUUGAUUUAGAUGAAGGUAAUGCGACCGCAAGGUUGGUAGGCGCCAGACUUCUGUCCCACUUUCGAGAGGAUAAUCGUGAAUCCAUUCAAUUCCUGGAUAACUUGAGGUUCCACUCACAGGAUAAUCUCACAAACUCCCUGGAGGCUUCAGAUGAUUCGUUGAUAGGCCACCACUCAAAAAUCGGGUCGGAAUUCAGCGACCACAUAUAAUGAACAAUCCGUUUAUAUGCAGCAAGAGGUUACCAGAGCUCACUAUGUCAGUUUGUCCAGAUUCUCUACUGCCGAAUUCAGCCCUAAAGCCCCAGAGCUGUGGAUGUCCUGAGAUAUAUACGUUUUUCAGUUGGAUUCCAAGCCGAUAGAAACAUUCUGCAAAUGGAUCCACAUUCCAUAGAUUUCUCGGAUGCAUAUUUCCAUGUGCAGUAUUUCUUUUGUUCUUUUGUGCUUUAUACCAUGGGACCACUAUAACUUUACCCCUGGAAAUUCGAACGUCGUGCUCUUUUCCGGAGUUUUUAUCCACAAGGACAUGACUGCCCCAAAAUCGGAACCCAGACCAUCUUACACUUCAUCACGCCUGCGUCCGAGAUCAAUUCCAACCAAGGAGCCACUUGCGACCAGGAAUAUACCCCGAGGAUGUUUCUUGGCCGGGAAUAGAUGAGAAUUGCAAAUAUUGAGCUUAGAAAGUGAUGACAAAGACCUACUAUAACCAUUAGUAUGGCAGUCAUUCAGUUCAUAUAUUUGUUGCUUCUUAACCUGUCCCAUGGAAAUCCCAUCCCAAGGUGUCAAUGGACUCACGAUCUCACCGUUAAAGCCCACCGACAAUCGCCUCCUCUCACCAUUGACCUCAAUUUGUACACAUCAUAGUCUAAUCCAGAUGCUGUAUAUAUGAUAUAGGAACCAAACCCGCCAACCAAAAUAUGUGUCUUCUCUUUCGAAUUUUCUGAUGUGAUUGUGUUACAUCACUAACCACAAACAUCCGAAAUAUGUCUUUCGAGGAAACAUAUACUUCAAGGUGGCGCUUUGAAGCAGUGCUCUCUGAUGAGGCUCUGAACGGCCAAUAUUUUUCUCACGGUGACUGAUCUGUCAUAUCUGACCGUAGCUUUUACUCAAACAGUAAGCUUUGGUCGGCGCAUGGGAAUAUGGUGGAACAGAAUAGGAACUUUUGGGGGUUCGUGUGUUAGCGUUACCGCUUAAGGUUGGUAUGCGGAGAGAGGUUGGAAUUUGUGAAAAGGGCUUCAAUUGUGUUCAUUGGGGAGGGUCUUUGGACGCAGAAAUACAGCACAGAAAGUACUGUGCAAAUGGAAAAACGGGCGAUGUUCUGAUAUUUUCUUGUGUUUCCUUUUUAGUUCGACGCGGCAAAGCACAGUUCCUGGCGGCAAAACUCGACGCAUUAUAGCUUCAUUGGUUCAAUAUACCUAAGCAUAGAUGGACAUGCGGAGAAGAUGGCGGGGGGGCAAUAGAUACUACUAUUUCCUAUUCAUGUUGCAUCGAACUCGCAGGCGAUUCGGGGAGGAACCUUUUUGAGCCUAUCAUCAAUCAAUGGGUUGUUAGAUCACAUGGUGCAUGUUGGUUAGCCUUGGUAGUAGCAUUCUUGGACUUUGUAAAUGUCAUCACCCGAAAUUUGAUUGUUUCUCGGGUCACCCGUCACGCCAGUUUUCCUCUGAUAUGGUAUCCGAAACGUAGAAUACAUGGAUCAUAGUUUAGAUAGAUUGACCGAGGAAGGAGUUGUCCAUCAUACAUCUUUCUUCAUUCUACGGAGACUGUAGGUACAAAGCAAAUAUUGACUUUC